AUGCGUUUUGUGAUUGGCGCUUACGCCCAGCAUACACCUGAGGGGAAAUGUGGGGGCAGCCCACAGAGCCUCAUCGAAUUUGGGUGUGGUCCAGCGAGGCAUGCAGUGGAGGCUUGCCUGCAGGGCAUCGAGCGAGUGACAGCACUUGACGCCAACCCGAGAAUGCUGGAGUAUGCAGGGAAGCUGGCGGCAGCUGCUGGCGCCAAAGUGCAAUUCAUAGAGGGGCGAUUGGAGGAGGUGUUCAGCAGUGAGGCCAAUCUCCCGGAGGAGUUUAUGCCGGCUGACCUGGCGCUGCUCCCGCUGAAUACGGUGGCGCAUGCGCUGACUAACGAUGACGCGCUGCGCUGGCUGGCAGCUGCCGGGAAUGCGCUGCGGCCGGAAGGACUUUUAGUAAUGGAGCUUCCUCCCUUGGAUGAUGUCUUCAAUGGCAACCUUCUUCAGGGAGAUGAGUGGGAGUUGGAGGGAGAAGAAGAGGGAGAGAAUGACCUGAAGAUUGUGUUUGGCACAAAAUUAGACCGCUUCGACUUCUGCUCACAGGAGCUGCAGCCUCUUGCCAGGCUGGCUGGCUUCGGUGUAGAGGGUGUGUAUGGAGACAUGGAGCAACCUCCGCACCCGGAUGCAGACCUGCGGACCAACAAAGAAGCCCAGUGCAUAUCCUACCGAUUCAUUGUUGUCCUGAAGAAGCAGCAAGAAAGCUGA